AUGCUGAAAGAGAUAGGUCCUUAUGACGUUUCGGACAAUGGUGUGAACGUUACAAUUAAUCGUUACGCUUGGAACAAUAAUGCAAAUGUUUUGACAUUGGAAUCACCUGUAGGAGUUGGAUUCUCUUACACUGAUGAUGGGAAUGUUGAAACCGAUGACGACAAGGUUGCAUCUGAUAACUGGAGUGCACUGAAACUCUUUUUUACACAGUUCUCAGAAUUUACGAGCAAUGAUUUCUACAUCGCCGGAGAAUCUUACGGUGGGGUCUAUGUUCCAACGCUAGCCAGUGAAGUUUAUAAAAGACAGCUAGAAUUUCGAAUGAACUUAAAAGGACUGAUAAUCGGAAAUGGAUGUCUUAGUGAAAAGCUAAACAGAAAUACACUUAUAGAAUACGCCUAUACUCACAGUAUGGUUGAUGAACCAGUUUGGCAACAGGUCAGAAAACAAUGUUGUAAUGGGACGAUUGGUACUUGUGACUUUGGCGCAUUCUCUGACUGGGGUUUCUGUCAACAGUUUGUACAGGAGGUUAAUCAGAAUAUCUGGUUUUCUGGAGUUGACGCAUUUGACAUCUAUUCGAAAUGUUACACUACAACAGUCUUGAAAACCAGACUUCGUUUUCCGCAAACGACAGCUAAUUUUAAUUUUUUUCAUAGAAUUAAAUCACAAUCAUAUCAAAUCUGUCGGAAUGAUGGAAGGGACUGGGUGUAUCUGAACAGACCAGAAGUUCGAGAGGCUCUUUUUGUGCGUGAUUUUGUUGGGGAAUGGUAUAGCUGCAGUGGCGAUGUCAAUGAGGCUUAUACACAGCUUUAUUAUGAAUUGGAUGAACAAGUUAAGAAUGCUGUGAAUAAAGGUGCACGAGUGCUGCUAUACCACGGAGAUACGGAUACGUUGUGUAACUUUUUGCAAGGACAAAGAUUUGCUGCUAAACUGGGGUUCAAGCAAACGUCGCCUAUGAGAAUGUUCAGAGCGGAGGGCCAAAUUGGUGGGACUUAUACGCAAUAUGAAGGUGUUGAAUUCGCAACUAUUAGAGGUGCUGGUCACUUGGCGCCAACAGAUAAACCAUCAGCAACAUAUUUUGUAAUAGAUGCAUUUCUUAGGAAGCAGAAACUGCAGUUAAUAUAG